CACCCCUCCCCAACACAUCUGUAGUACCAAACUGUUAGCUGGUUGCUGUUACCCUACCACAUUAACAUAAUGGGUCAUAGCAUUCACUGUAGGUGAACAUUCAGUCAAUUUAACAGCAUAGUGCCAAAUAUAGUUUUCACUUAAUGCAUUUAAGCCGUCUGUUGGCGGAUAAAUCUACACCUGGAAACUGCCUCUUUCUCUGUGGAAAGGUGCAAACAGCCGACGCCCCCCCUGACCAGAGAGAGCAGAGGCGACUCAACGACGGCCGCACAAGGGAGAACGAGAAGACGCAGCGUCUCCUGGAAUGGCAGGUGGUCGCAGAGGGGCCAACCGCACCACGUACUGCAGGUCUCCGCUGGGCGGCGAACAAUCCGUGGGCAAUGGCAACCACUCCACCAGCUCCCCCGUCACAGGGGUGAGGUCACGGACAAGGAACGGCUCUGGUACCGGCAUGUCCAGUCCACCUCUGGCUGCUCAGACAGUGGUCCCUCUGAAGCACUGCAAGAUUCCAGAACUUUCCAUGGAGAAGAGCGUGCUGUUUGAACUCCACCUGUUCUUCUGCCACCUCAUCGCCCUCUUUGUCCACUAUGUCAACAUCUACAAGACGGUGUGGUGGUACCCGCCGAACCACCCACCCUCCCAUACCUCCCUGAACUUCCAUUUAAUUGAUUACAACAUGCUGAUAUUCACCAUCAUCGUGUUGGCACGAAGGCUCAUAGCAGCAAUUGUAAAGGAGGCAUCUCAGAGUGGGAAGCUGUCGUUCCCCCACUCCAUCCUCCUGGUCACAGCUCGUUUCGCAGUGCUCACCCUGACGGGCUGGAGCCUGUGUCACUCUCUCAUCCACCUCUUCAGAACAUACUCGGUGCUCAGUCUACUGUUCCUCUGUUACCCCUUCGGAAUGUACAUCCCAUUCUUCCGCAUCAGCUGCGACUUCAGCCGCACCGGGCCGCUGUCGCCCAUCGCCAGCAUCGGUGCCAAGGAGAUGGGCAGCGUGGCGCGCGGGCGCGACUACCUCUCGGUGCUGAAGGAGACGUGGAAGCAGCACACCAGCCAGCUGUACGGCGUGGCCGUCAUGCCCACGCAUGCCUGCUGCCUCUCUCCGGACCUGGUGCGCAAGGAGGUGGAGGACCUGAAGGGAGACUUCAACUGGCGCAUGAAGGAGGUGCUGGUCAGCUCCAUGCUCAGUGCCUACUACGUGGCCUUCGUGCCCGUCUGGUUCGUCAAGAGUACGCAGUAUGUGGAUAAGCGCUGGUCGUGUGAGCUCUUCAUCCUGGUGUCUGUGAGCACCUCGGUCAUCCUGAUGCGCCACCUGUUGCCGCCGCGCUACUGCGACCUGCUCCACAAGGCUGCCGCCCACCUAGGCUGCUGGCAGAAGGUGGACCCUGCCCUCUGCAGCAACGUGCUGCAGCACAUAUGGACUGAGGAGUACAUGUGGCCACAGGGGGUGCUGGUGAAACACAAUAAGAAUGUCUACAAAGCCAUGGGCCACUACAAUGUAGCAGUGCCCUCAGACGUCUCACAUUAUCGAUUUUAUUUUUUCUUCAACAAGCCCCUUCGAAUAUUAAACAUCCUCAUCAUUUUAGAAGGAUCCAUGAUAUUUUAUCAGCUCUACUCUCUGAUGUGUUCGGAGAAGUGGCACCAGACGAUAUCGCUAGCCCUCAUCCUCUUCAGCAACUAUUACGCCUUCUUCAAACUGCUCCGUGACAGAAUAGUCCUGGGGAAAGCGUAUUCAUACACAUCAAGCUCGGAUCAGAAGGUCAGUUAGUGAAGCUGAAACUGCUGCCCUUUCAGUCAGUCAGUCAAGUCAAGUCUUCACAAGAACAACAAAGAAAAAAAAGAAAACAUCAUGCAUGAGAGCUUUUUAUUUUUUCUACAAAUGCAUUUGGUUUUGGACUUUUUUUUUGUUCUGAUCUGCCAUAUUAAAAAAGAAAGAUAUUUUUGUAUUCA